AUGAGUACAAUUCAUAUGGAAGACUUAAGUGGGACUCUCCAGAGUCUCACGUCGUGCAUCGAGCUAGCGAUGAAGAGCCUGUACGAUCUUCAAACUGCGACUAUUAAUGCCAAUGGCGAGAACAAUCCUCGCCAUGCUGAGCGCUACAAGCGAGUUAGAGCGGAGCUCAGAGCGCAUUGGGAACACAUUACCUCGCUUUUGAAUAAAUGCCGCUCAUUUGGAGCAGAUGUGCAUCUCCUGCAUGCUUCGGUGACUACCGCCUCAAAGGAUGAUAUCAGAGAGCUUCUUGAGGAGAUGUUGGCCAAAUGCAGGCAGGACGUUGAUAUAGCUGAGCAGUUGAUGGCUCGCCAUGAUAACGUGCUAGGAUUAUAUGCCCAAUAUCGAGACAGGUUCCGGGACCAUCUUGACCACCCAAAGGUGCAAGUAACUCCUCCAGGCCGUAUACGAGGGUCUCCUUCACAUGCUGCCAGGUCGUCUCGACGACAAUCCACCGGUCCAACGGGUCCUCCCCAAUCUACGCCCUUGGGACCUAUAGCCAGUUUUGUCGAGGACAGUAUUGCGAGCCUCUAUCCGGACGGAAAUCAGGCCAUGGCGGAGUUCGAAUCGGCCAUGGAAGGAAUACAUGCCAGUCUUUCGCGGCUAUCCAGGUUCCUUAAGGACCAAAUUUUCGUCUGUCAGCGUGGCCUCGACUCACUCUACCACCCUUCUCAUAAUCUGACGCCAAGACAAUUUCAAGAAUUUACCGACAGCUGGGUGACUUAUCAGGGCGCUCUAAUGAAAGCAAUCCAAGACAUUACCAGGAUAUGCGACGCUGUGAUGAUCGAUGCCGUUGGUGCUCCGCGACGCCCUCCUAGUCCACCAGAAGAGGAGGAGCUGUCACCAUGGGAGGUCAUUCGCAGCACAGUCCCGCGCUUCGCUCGGGUCCGGAGGCGGAGUGUUGAGACAACUGGCUAUCGACAUGAUAGCCAUAGCGGCAAGACGGAAAUUGGCAUCACCAGUAGGACACCACAUAGUGAGAAUUGA